UUCCGAGGAGGGGAAAAGCGGCCCGCCAACCGUCUCGUGCGUGGCGCCUGAUUUCGAGCUCGGGAACUUUCGUCCCUUCUCGUCCUUUUCCGUCUUCCCCGCCCACAAGCUCCGCCUCCUGGUCUUGCGCCCGACGGAGAUGGAAGCGGCGGUCGGAGGAGGCGCGCGCUAAGCCAGCAGCGGACGCAGACUCCUGCCAUGUUUCUUCGCUGCUUCCCAUAGGAUGGCUGAGCCACUGCCCCUGUCGUAUGUGACUGCACAGGAGAUCCGCUGCCUCCUACACUGGCUGUCGGGCUGGGCCCCAGUGCAGCGUGAGCGCUUCCUCCAUGACCUGGUGGACAAGGCUGUGCCCUGGAAGGUGCUUCCCCUGCUGGAAGGGCUCGCGGGACUCAGCAUGGCGCCCGGGAAGCCCCCGUCUAUCUUUGAGUGCCAGAUGCGCCUGUGGGACCAGUGGUUCCGUGGCUGGUCAGAGGCUGAGCGGAACGAGUUCGUGAGGCAGCUGGAGGAAGUGGAGCCGGAUAUGGCCUCCCGUUUUUAUCAAGAGGUGGCCAAAACAGCCGGGCAGGCGUGACCGGGAUUCUCUCCUUCUCUGGUCCUCCAAAUAUUCUGUAGUGAACUCGCUCUCGUUGUGCUGGACCAAUUCUCCCCAACAAAUUAGGAAUCCAUGAAUGACCUGGGGUCAUCACAAACGAGAAUAAAGGGGCACACCAAAUAUAUAGCUGUCCUUUUAAAUGACAAGUUGUCCUUUCAGACAGUCUACCUCAUAAGUGUUGGCAUAAGUUUCUUUUCUCUCUUUUUGAAAACAGAAAUGUAAUGUUUCGGGUUGGUUUGCCCAGAAAUAAAAGCGACUGGAAA